CGUCCUGAUAGCGUCUGUCAGGCCUGGACCAGCAGGCCCAACCAUAGCCUUUCCAACCAUCUGCUCCCACCAGAAACCUUCGGACAGACAGACGCAGGGCAGAAGGCCUCCGAAAAGAUAACAGGCAACAACUAUUUUUUUGGCUAGUGAGAUUGAGAAAGAAUAACUGAUGUGUUAGAGUAAUGGUUCAGUUCCAGGCCACGGAAACUGUGUUGGGAGAUUGGCUACAGAGUUCACUUCCACAGUCUUUGAUCCUGUCUAUCCUUAAUACACAUGUAUGUCUAUAGAAAGAAAUCAUUUUGCUUGGUUUUACCUCAACAAGAGGGCCUUUUUUGUGUCCUAAUGGUAACACUACUGCUGAUAUAGUUAUAAUGAUGAUAUAAACAAGAUGUGGAAUAUGUUGAUUUUGUUUGAGUGGAACAUGAGUAGGCUAUUUUCUCUGCAUUGUUGGAAAGGGGCCGUAAGUGAGCAGUUCACUGUUAGUUGACACCUGUUGUUUACGAAAGCAUGACGAAUACAAUUUGAUUUGAUUGAUUUGAAAUUAGAAAAUGUAUAUAAUGGAGAAUGCAGUACGAUGCAACUCGUGUCUUAAUUUUUAGCAGUCAUCAUGGUAAGACUAAUGUCAAAUCAUGAACUAACAGAAAAUUAUGGAAAAGACCAGAAUUCUCCGGCAUGUGUGUUUGAGCAGAGACUGCCCAGAGGAUGGCACUAUUAGCAACAGGCGAGUAAAGCAGUAUGUAUCUAGUUGUUUGGAGAAGUUGCAUCUCCCCUGAUGUCUGGAAACAUUGAGAGGCAACUGCUAGAGGAGACAGAACAAUUCAAUUUUGACUCAGAUCAUGAUAUGGGGAACUUAUGGACCGGACAAAUAAUGAACGUUAAGGAAUACAUGUAAUCGCUUGCAACUCUGAUGAUUGGGACUGGAUGACUCGAGUAUGCAAUUUGAAUGGAGGAGUACCAAGAUGGGUGCGCGUUGGCUUUAAUACCCAGUCUCGGUCUAUCAUCCAGGAUGAAUACAUAUCGUUGGGCUCAAAUCCGGUAAAAGUCUCAUUCGUGAACGUGAACGACCAGUCAGGCAACGGCGACAGAAUCUGUUUCAAUGUGGGCCGGGAACUGUACUUUUACAUCUACAAAGGCGUAAGAAAGGCUGCUGACCUGAGCAAGCCCAUAGACAAGAGGAUCUACAAAGGAACGCAGCCCACGUGUCACGACUUCAACCCCCUCACGGCCACGGCGGAGAGCGUCUCCCUGCUGGUGGGCUUCUCGGCUGGCCAGGUGCAGCUCAUCGACCCCAUCAAGAAGGAGACCAGCAAGCUCUUCAAUGAGGAGAGACUCAUAGACAAGUCUGGUGUGACGUGUGUGCGGUGGGUCCCUGGCUCAGAGAGCCUCUUCCUGGUGGCUCACUCCAGCGGCAGCCUGUACCUGUACAACGUAGAGCACACCUGUGGCACCACACCACCCCACUACCAGCUCCUCAAACAGGGCGAUGGCUACGCCGUGCACACCUGCAAGAGCAAGUCGGCCCGCAACCCCUUACUGCGCUGGACAGUGGGUGAGGGGGCGCUGAACGAGUUCGCCUUCUCCCCCGAUGGGAAGUUCCUGGCGUGCGCCAGUCAGGACGGCUUCCUGCGUGUGUUUGGCUUUGACGCGGCCGAGCUGCAUGGCACCAUGAAGAGCUACUUCGGUGGACUACUGUGUGUGUGCUGGAGUCCAGACGGACGCUACAUAGUGGCUGGGGGGGAGGAUGACCUGGUGACAGUCUGGUCCUUCUCAGACUGCAGGGUGAUUGCCAGGGGCCACGGCCAUAAGUCGUGGGUGAGCGUAGUGGCGUUCGACCACUGUACGACCAGUGUGGAGGACAGCGACCCGCCCGCAGAGUUCAGCGGGAGCGACGAGGAGUUCCACGAGCAGAUCCAUUUUGCAGGUGGGCGGGACCGGGCCAACAGCUCCCAAUCACAUCUCUCCAAGAGGAACUCUACAGACGGCAGGCCGGUCAGCGUGACCUAUCGCUUCGGCUCAGUGGGACAGGACACCCAGCUGUGUCUGUGGGACCUGACUGAGGACAUAUUGUUCCCCCACCUGCCCCUGUCACGCACCAGAACUCACACAAACGUUAUGAGUGCCACCAGCCCCCCAGCUACUGGGUCGGCCACUAAUACUACUACUACUACUAUUACUACUACUACUAACCCACCUGGCACCAAUGGCAACAACACCGUGAGCAGUAGCAGUGGUAACAGUGGCACCCUCUCUAACUCAGUCCCCGCUCCCCUGCCGCGCUCUAACAGCCUGCCGCACUCCACUGGCCCCGCAGGGGGCAGCACCACGCCUAACAGCCACAUGAGCAGCAAAGGAAGCAGCAUCAUCGACAGCGCCUUCAUCGCCACCGGGGUCAGCAAGUUUGCCACGCUGUCGCUGCAUGACACACGCAAGGAGCGCCACGAGAAGGACCACAAACGCAACCACAGCAUGGGCCACAUCAGCAGCAAGAGCAGUGACAAGCUCAACCAACUGAGCUCUGCGGCGCGGACAGCCAAGGCGGAUGCCGCUAAGACUCUGGGCACGCUGCUGUGCCCGCGCAUGGAGGAGAUUCCUCUGCUGGAGCCACUGGUGUGUAAGAAGAUCGCUCAUGAGAGACUCACUGUGUUAAUCUUCCUGGAGGACUGUCUGGUCACAGCCUGCCAGGAGGGCUUCAUUUGCACAUGGGCCAGGCCCGGGAAAGUGGGCUUACUGCCAUCUCAGAACCCGACCAACUCUCCUAGUGGGACUGUAGUAUAGCCCUGGUGCUAGUGCUGCUAAACUAAACCGAGCUCCACCAGACGACAGAUGGGACAGGAUGACCUGGCCACACCUCGCCAUAGCCCAUUAGUGCUGUUCUUCACUCUCACACCUUCACCACCACUGAAAGUCUCUUUUUGUUCUGUUCGUCUUUAGAUAGGAUAGAUAGCUUACGUGGGCCAGUGAGGAUAGGUGGAGAGGCCCACAGUCUGAAAGGGGUGUAAAGGAUCAUGCAGAAAGCUUGAAAUGGUCCAUGAGCAUUGAAACUGUUGUUCAGGGACAGGAGGCUGGCAGGGCUGUGUUUUAUUUGUUUCCACCUCUGUUCCCCCUCAACCUUCUCUAGUCCGCUCCAGAAACAAACCCUGGAAGAGCUCGGGCUUGUUUUCAGACUCUCUAAUAGCUUAGCCCGGUGCAGAAACACAACCCCUAGCCACUACUACUUCUGACAUUUUGUGUAGAUCUGAAAUAUUUGGAUAGGUUUAAUCAAUAUGGUAGGAGCCACAUUUCUUCCCCUAUCCAGUCCUCAGAUCUACCUGAGUACCUAAGGGUUAGGGGCUGUUUAGGGACAGGUGCUAUCUCUUCUCACUAGUCCCUCAUCCCUGACUAACCCUGGUACAGUUUGAUCUCAUGUUCACAGCAAAGGGAGACCAGAGGAGUUAGCUUCCUUUAACUACAAGAAUAAAAUAAACUGUUUUUAAUUUAUAUCAGAACAUCACACCUUGAGUAUUUUGCACUGAUUAUUUUGUUUCUUUCUGUUCUGUGUUCAUUUUUAAUUCAUAAUUAUAAUGGGACAAAAACAAGAUAUUUGAAGACAGCCUUUGGAUGCACUUGGGUUGAUGCGAGGUAUCUGUAUGAACGCUGCAAUCAUAGGGGUCUAAAGAAGGAAAAAAAUGAGAAUUGUUUGCACUUAAUAGUUAGAGAAUGGCUUUACAAUUUUGGAGUGUGCAAGGACUCCCCUGACAAGGCUGUUAAAAAUAUAAAUAGAAUGAAAACCUUUUUAUAUCUAUUGAACAUUUAUUUUAAUAUUAUUUCAGAUUUAAAAAUGGGCUCUGUAUUAUAUGUAAAUAUUGUAUUUUGAUGAUUUAUGGGUGAAAUUAUUACACCAGUUGGAAGUUCUUCAUUUCAGAAAAUAGUGAUAUUUCUAAUGCAGAAAAAUAUAUACAUAAUAAUAUUAAAAAUUCAUCUUGAAUAUG